AUCUAUUAAAAAAAAGAAAAAAAGAAAGAAAAGAAUUUGAUAAAAGAUAAGGGAUAGGUCGUUCUUCGUUCACUUUACUGAAUCAUUUUCUGAAAACGCGCAUUGAUUAAAAGACCAAUGUAUAACGGCAUGUAAAUCGAAAGUAGCGAUAUGGGAUUUACCGUUUUCAGAAAAACCAAUACGGAAUUAUAACAAAAUGGAGGAAAGCUAGCUGAUGGAAAGUAUAGCUGACAGUUAACCUUCAAUCAUUAACAGAGAAAUCUUCAAGUUAUAGAUAAAACAUUAUGGCUGACAGACGCGACCGUGAUGGACCACGACCUGGUUUAAGAAGAGGUCUUAGAGCAGGAAGACCACUUCGACAGGAACUUGAUGAUUGGGAUGAAGAUGAAGAUGAAGGCCAGUAUUUACCUCCUGGGAGAGAAGCACGCGAAAACCAUGAUAGAUAUGAUCGAUACGAAAGACCAAACAGAGGAGAUGACCGUGACGAUAGACGGCGGUAUGAUGAUAGAGAUUACCGGGAUGAUAGACGUAACGUUAGGGAAAGAGAUGACCGAGACGAUAGACGCGCAUAUGGUGAAAGAGACGCCCGUGAUGACAGAGGGAUAUUUGGUGCUAGAGGAAUGCAUGCUCACGGUAGGCGUUUGCCUGGUGACCGAGGUGGAAUUAACAAUAGGGGUGGGCGUGGGGGAGGCAAUCGACGAGACAAACCAUUGGUGGUUGGUUUUAGAUUUUUAGAAGGUCUACAAAAACGGGAGCCACCAGAUAUAGUUUUAACAUUAUCACAUCCUAAUACGGGUUUACGAGAAGGACUCGUGGAGUGUGUUUCGAAACCGGACGUGUUACGAUUGAUGAUCAAUGUGCUAGCCAAAGCUUUUUCAUGUGACUCAACUCCAGAACAAUUGAAUCGCAUAUACAUAAUAAUAAAAGAAUGUCAGUUUUUUGACACGAUUAUGGAUCAUUUCCUAGACAUGACGGCCGAAGAUCGUGUUUCCGAGCAGAGGAAAUUCCGCCAGCCAAUAAAGGACAUGAUAACAAUCAUGGAAGCGAUAUCAAGGAAAUAUCCAACUUCUGUGACCCAAUUUAUAGGAAUACACUCGGUUUUGAAAAUAGUGAUUGAUGACCUCAGAGUUAAUACGACUGACGUCAUAGAUGAUAAGUUACUAGAUGCUUUCCGUGAAUUUACUGAUUACACAGGCAAACUGCUUAAGCGCGGGGAAAGACGUCGUGCUGAUAAUCCAAGACAGCGACAAGCCGAGGUUGAUGAACCUCCGGAUGAUUUCAGAGAGAUACAGAUAUUCCCCCAGACCGCUGACAUGCAGCCCACCGAUGACAGAUACUUAAGAGUCAAUAAAACAAAGGGUCGCUACCAGGACGUUGAUCAUUACUUAGAUGUUCAAUUUCGCCUACUGAGGGAAGACUUCGUUGCCCCACUUAGAGAUGGUGUAAGUAGUUACAUUCAGGUCAUGCAAGAAAAGGGAAAGAAAAAACAAAAAAUCCAAGACGUUCGCAUUUACAACAAUGUAAGAUUGAUAUCACCUGAAUGUGGGGAAAAUGGUCUAUGUCACGUCCUCCAGUUUGAUGUCAGUCAGCUUACAAAAGUCCGAUGGAACUCGACAAAGAGACUUAUAUAUGGAUCAUUGGUAUGUUUGUCCCCAGAUAAUUUUACAUCAUUCUAUUUUGCCACUGUUGUGAAUCGAGAGCCAAAACAGUUGGUAAAAGGUCUUUUCAUAGUCCGCUUUGAGCACGACCCCGAAACAGUAAGGACUUUGUUUGGACAAGUAUUUACAAUGGCUGAAACAACGGCGUAUUUUGAAUCAUACAGACAUGUUUUGACGGGGUUACAGCAAAUAAGACAGGGUAAUUUGCCUUUUGAAAGAUACAUUAUUCAAUGUGAAAGCCGGGUUCAAUCUCCUGCCUAUUUACGCCGGGACGUUGAUACUAGAUACGAUCUUCGGCCUCUUGUUGACGAAAAUAUCAUACUGCAAGAUGACAGAAGACUUGGUGAGAACAUUGGGGAGGUGGAGAUCGUAAAUGCAAAUUAUCAAUUUAGUGAUCGUUCGUUACCAGCUAGGAAUAUCAGGGUUCUCGAUCGUUCAACUUGGCCACCAGCUGAUUUACUUCACCUUGAUGAUUCGCAAUAUAAGGCUAUUCACACAGCACUAACAAAUGAGUUUGUUAUCACUCAGGGACCACCCGGAACCGGGAAAACCUACAUUGGCCUUAAAAUAGUGAAAGCUCUUCUUCAUAAUAAAGAUGUUUGGUCAAGGAAUCCGGGUACAGGUGUAAAAGAUCACCGUCCAAUGUUAAUUGUUUGCUAUACCAAUCAUGCCCUUGACCAGUUUCUGGAAGGAAUUGUAAAGUUCUAUAAGGGUGACAUUCUUCGUGUUGGGGGCAGAAGUAGUAGCGAAAUUCUGAAAGAAUAUAAUCUUCACAAUUUUCGACAGAGGUUUAGACAUGCUAAAAAGAUACCUGUUGCAAUCUUUCAAGGAAGACGUGAAGCAAAGAGCGAAAUGGAUUCAGUUACUGCAGAGAUUAAUAAAGUCAGUGCAAAAAUACAAAUCGCAACAACUUGCAUACUUCGUGAAGAAUUUUUGCAGCCAUUUAUGGGACAAGAACAUAGUUUAUUAUUUACACAACAAUUUAAUAUCUUGAUGCAAGUGUACCCAGAAGCAAUGCAGUUUAUAGGUAAAAACCAUUCGAUCAUUGUUGAAUGGUUGGAGCUUGGUAAUCUUGCACCAAUAGUUGAAAUGGAGGGAAAUCUAGCACCAGAGUUUGAACAGCAGGAAAUACCAAAUAUUGAAGAACAAGAAGAUGAACUCAUUGAUGUUGAGGACGAGGUUGACGCAAUUCAAGCAAACAGACAAUUAGAUGCUGGUGAGGACGAUGACUUAGAUGACUUAUUUGACGAGAUUAUAAAUGGAGAGCAUGAAUUAACGAGAAAAGAAAAGAACGAAAUUAGAGUGAGAUUGGCUAUAAGUGAGCAACAAAAGGCAGUUGCAUUGCAUGUGGACCGGAUGGGUGAAAAACCAAAGAAUGUUCUUGACGGAGAAUGGCAAGUAACAAAAAAGCAGCGAAGAAAACUUAAACAGAAAACACAGAAAAACUUAGCUUCCGGAGAAGUAAUGACUGAAGAAGAAGCACGAGGCAUAACAGACUUGUGGAGAAUGUCGAAUAAAGAUAAAUGGAGACUGUAUCGUAUGUGGGUGCAGAAAUAUUGCGAUUUUCUGAUGACACAAAUUGGAGAAAAACAAGAAGAGUUUGAGGCAGCAGCAAGACGAUAUAGAGAGGCUUUAAUGCAAGAGGACAAAGAAGUUAUGAGACAUUCAACAAUCAUUGGGAUGACAACAACGGGAGCAGCAAGAUAUCAGGCCGUGCUUCAAGAGAUAGGACCUAGAAUAAUCGUUGUAGAAGAAGCUGCCGAGGUUCUUGAGGCUCAUAUUGUAACAACACUUAGUAGAGGUUGUGAACAUUUGAUUUUAAUUGGAGAUCACAAACAACUUAAACCAAAUCCAACUGUUUAUAAAUUGGCAACAGACUAUAGUCUGGACGUUUCUCUAUUUGAACGGAUGAUCGGUAACGGAAUAAAGUGUGAUUGUUUAGAACUUCAGCACAGAAUGCGACCAGAAAUAGCAGAGCUUAUGCAUCACAUUUAUGAAAACUUAAAAGAUCACAAUGAUGUUAAAAAGUAUGACACAAUAAAAGGGAUUUCACAGAAUAUCUUUUUUGUUGAUCAUAGAAAUGAAGAAACGCAUGAAGAAGAUUUGAGAAGUCAUUCAAAUAGAUAUGAGGCAGAAUAUAUUGUUGCGUUAUGCAGAUAUCUUCUUUUGCAAGGCUACAAACCGUCUCAGAUAACAGUUCUGACACUUUAUUCGGGUCAGUUGUUUUGCCUUAGGGGAAUGAUGCCAAAGGAAGAAUUUGAUGGUGUAAGGGUCACGGUUGUUGACAACUAUCAGGGAGAGGAAAACGACAUUAUCCUUUUAUCUCUCGUAAGAAGCAAUGAAGAAGGGAGCAUAGGAUUCCUUAAAAUAGAAAACCGGGUUUGCGUUGCAUUGUCAAGGGCAAAGAAAGGGUUUUAUGCAAUAGGAAAUUUUGAACUGCUGAGAGACAAGUCAAAACUAUGGAAUGAGGUUGUUAUUGAUAUGAAAAAUAAAGGGAGGUUAGGAGAAGGUCUUGUAUUGUAUUGUCAGAAUCAUCCAGAUGAUAAUGGUUUAAUUGCAAAGCAACCGGGAGAUUUUUUGCAAGCACCAGAAGGAGGUUGUAACAAGAAAUGCAACACUCGUUUAGACUGUGGCCAUGUAUGUGAGAUGUAUUGUCACGUUGUUGACCAAGAUCAUAAAGAUUAUAUAUGUCGAAAGAGAUGCGGUAAAGUGAUUUGCGAUAAUGGACAUAGAUGCAAACAGAUAUGUGAUAAGAAAUGUGGGCAAUGCUUAGAAAAGAUAGAAAAGAAGAUGCCAAGAUGUGGCCAUAUUCAACAGGUGCCCUGUUCUAUGAGUGCGUCGGAAUUUGAGUGCAAAGGUGAAUGCAAAGAUACUUUAGAAUGCGGUCAUCAAUGUCAAUCGAAAUGUGGCAUGGCUCAUACUGAGUAUUGUAAUGUUACUGAUGAAAAAACGUGGCCAUGUGGACAUACAGGGAAGAUUCAUUGUUAUCAGAAGAAUGAAGCUCUCUGUCCUGAGCCAUGUGAUGAGAUACUUGGCUGCGAACAUCGCUGCCAAGGAACAUGCGGUAAAUGCUUCCAAGGCCGUUUACACAUGCCAUGUGUUAACGAUUGUAUAAGAAUACUUGUAUGUGGACAUGAAUGUACAGAUACGUGUAACCAAUGUCCACCUUGCAAAAGAAAAUGUGAAAACAGAUGCCAGCAUAGUAAGUGUAAUAGAAGAUGUGGGGAACUAUGUGUUCCUUGUAUGGAACUGUGUACAUGGAGAUGCGAGCACUAUAGAUGUGGCCUUCUAUGCAGUGAGCCUUGUGACAGACCUAGAUGUGAUCAGCCUUGUAGGAAACGUUUGCCAUGUGGGCAUCAGUGCAUCGGAUUGUGUGGCGAACCAUGUCCGACAGACUGUAGGAUUUGCGAUAAACAAAAGGUGACAGAAUUACUAUUUGGAGAAGAAGAUGAGCCAUGGGCAAAAUUUGUAUUACUAGAGGACUGUAGAACGAAAUGCAUUAUAGAAUCAAAUGCAAUGGAUCGUUAUAUGGAUAUGGGUGAUGACCGAGGCGAAAUCAAGCUUAAAGACUGUCCAAAAUGCAAAACGCCAAUUCGAAAAAGCAAUCGAUACAGGAAAAUUAUCAAUAAAACAUUGCAAGACAUUGAAUCUGUAAAAAGAAAUGUUCUUGUAAACAAAGACAGAAUUGUUCGAUUGGAGACAGAACUUAAGGAUGCUAUUGCUGAAGAAACAAGUGCUGGUAUUCGUUUGUCGAUGAAAAGAAGAUUAAAUGCGAUGCAUGAACCAAAGGCAGAGAAUGCAUUAGCCGCCAUGCUGAAUCAAAUGACUCUGCUGAAACACCUCGCGAAAAUUGAGGAUAACUGGAAGGAUUUACACGGAAUAGCCUUUGCAACCGAAAAGGCUGAAGCAGUCAAAUUUCUUAAUCAAUUCCGAGAUUGGAUUCUUGUUGAAAGAUCAAUUAUGACUCAGCAGGAAAUAAAUGAUGCCGAAUCAGAGCUGGAAAGGUCAAAGGCUUAUCUUAAACUUUUACUUCAUCAACAGAAAGCACGGUUACUUGGUAAAACAAUUGACCCUUUAUUCAGGAAAACGAUUGUUGAGGCAGAAAAACUUCUAAAAAGACAUAAAAAGUACGGAGAAAUAAGACAUAUUGUUGCAAAAUGCUUAGAAAAAUUGAAAGAUGCAUUCCCGUUAAGCGAACUCGGUGUCACUGAUGAAGAGCGAUUGAUGAUUGUUAAAGCAAUGGCUUUACCACAGGGACAUUGGUUUAGAUGUCCAAAAGGACAUGUAUAUGCUAUUGCUGACUGUGGGGGAGCUACAACAGAGGGUACUUGUCCAGAGUGUGGUAGUGCAAUUGGAGGGGGUAAUCACCGUUUAAGGGAAGACAAUCGGUUCUUUGGAGAAAUGGAUGGAGCCCAACAUCCAGCUUGGUCUGAGCAAGCCAAUUUAGGAAAUUAUGGAUUUAAUGCCGAAUUUUGUCUGAAAACAUAUGAACACUGUUUACUCGCAUCAUUAAAGAUACACACUGCAGGUAAAAAGAUGGCCGACAGACAAGAACGUUUCCGGCACGAAGACUAUAGACCUUCUCGAAAUGGAAGGUCGUUUAGAGAUCUACGUGAAAACGGUGACAGAUAUGACUCGAGGAAUCAAAGAAGCAGUACACGUGAAGAUAGAAAUCGUUACUAUGCUGGCGGGAAUAGGAAUGACAAUAACCAUGGAAGAGAUGACCGUGAGGAUAGGCAGAUGUAUGACAACAGAAGAUAUCGGGACGAUAGAUGCGGUAGACAAAUAUUUGAACGUGAUGAUAGACGUGCAUUUACGAGAAGAGACGACAUUGAUGCUAAACAAGGUUCUAGUAGAAGAAUAGAAUUACACGAUAGGCGUUCUUUAUCUGAAGAAGAGGGUAAUACAAAUAGACGCGACAUAAGGGAGAGACAAACUUAUAGACAUUCUACGGAUAGAAAUUGUGUUCGAAGUAAUAAUACAGACAGAUGGUAUGGUGGUGUCCAAGCUAACAACCAAAGAGUUACAUUAAAUAGUAGAGGAGGGCGCGAAAAAAUGGGUUUUCAGCCACCGGUUUUAAAUUUUAAAUUCUUAAAUGAGCUUCAGAAGCAAGAACCAUUUGAAAUUCUAAUGACUUUAGCUAAUCCGGAAACAGGAUUGAGGGAUGAACUUAUUCAGUUGUUUCGAAGACCAUUUGUUGCAAGAUUACUGUUAAGUGUUUUAGUUAAGGCAUUCACGUGUACCUCAGCUCUAGAUAAGCUGCAUGACGUCUUUGAAAUACUGAAAAGUGGUAAAUUCAUAGAUAAAACAAUGGAUUUCUUCCUUCAAAUGAAAGAUGAAGACCGUAUCCACGAGCAGGCGACAUUCCGGCAAUCAAUUGUUGACAUGUUUUCAAUCAUGAAAGAGAUGGACAGUUUUGAGAAAUGCAGACUCUCAAAAACAGAAUUUAAAGGUGUAAAAGCAAUACUAACAUCGGUAAUAGAAUAUUUGAAGGAAAACACAAAUGACGUUAUUGACGACGAGGUAGUGAACGCUUUUCGCGAAUUCACAGAAAAUUCUGACAGACUCACAAAGUGCGAAAAGAGAGGUCACAAUGACAUGCAAGAUGGUGGUGUCGUUGACGUACCUCCAAAGAAAUGUAAGGAUGUCCAGACGUCAUCUGACAGCAAUGCCGCAAAGUGUCUUUUGUCAUCCACGAUGGACAAAGUUGAUACCGGUACUUUAAGCGACUCAACAGAACCCGAGUGUAAACAUAUACUAGACUGCGGUCAUAAAUGUCAAGCAAAAUGUCAUAUGCCUCAUACAGAGGUUUGCGAUAUCGAUGUUGAAAAGACGUUUCCAUGUGGACAUAUAGGCAAUGUCAAAUGCUACAAAAAGGACAGUGCUAUGUGUCAAGAGCCAUGUGGUGGUAUCUUAGCUUGUGAACAUCCUUGCAUAGGAACAUGUGCAGAAUGCUUCCAAGGUCGAUUGCAUAAGCCGUGUGAAGACCAGUGCAAAAGAAUAUUAGUAUGUGAUCAUGAAUGUACUAACAAAUGCAACCUAUGCCUGCCAUGUACAAGAAUAUGUGAAAAUAGAUGUCAACAUAGCAAAUGUAUUAAGCGGUGUGGAGAAUUGUGUGUACCUUGUAAGGAAAAAUGUACUUGGAACUGUGAACAUUUACAGUGUGGUAAACUUUGCAGUGAGCCAUGUGACCGAGCGAGAUGUGACCAGCCAUGCAAGAAGAGGCUUGCUUGUGGCCAUCAAUGCAUUGGCCUAUGCGGAGAACCAUGUCCUUCUGAUUGUAGAGUAUGUAAUGAACAGACGGUCACCGAAAUAUUCUUUGGAAAUGAAGACGAAUCUGAUGCAAUGUUUGUACUGCUUGAAGACUGUAGAGCUAAAUGUAUCAUUGAAUCAAAUGCUAUGGAUAAUUAUAUGGAUCAGAAAAACAAUGAUGGUAAAAUAAAACUGAAAGAGUGUCCAAAAUGUAAAACGCCAAUAAGAAAAAGUAAUCGGUAUAGACAUAUUAUUAAUGAGACUCUUCUUGACAUUGAAAAAGUAAAGGAAAACAUCUUGCUUAAUAAAAAGGAAGGUAGGAGAUUAGAAAAUGAAAUAUUUCAAUCACUUCUUGCAGUUGAAGAUAAAACAAUUACACAAUCAGUGAAACAGAAAAUAAGAGCGAUGAAAGAACCAAAGUCUGAAAAAACUUUAGUAACAAUGCUGAAUCAGCUAUCUCUUUUGAAAGCAAUCUUGAAAUUGGCAAAAGAGUGGAAGGACCAGGUGCAGCGUGAAAAUUUAAAGGACGAUCUUAAAACGGCGCUUGAGUUUUUACAGCGUUUCCAGUAUUGGGUCAUGCAGGAUCGGUCUUUUAUGACCGAUGAGGAAAUAUCCGAUGCCAAGCUUGAAAUUUCAAGAUCAUAUGACCUUAAGAAGUUAUUACUAUAUAAGCAACAAGCCACUGACAUAGGUCAAGACAUAGACAGUUCUCUUCAAGCAAAUAUAUCAGAGGCUGUGAGUUUACUUAUUGGAAGCGGGAAAUAUGGGCAACAAGUUCGCAGUACCGUAGAAUCAUGCCUGAAAGAACUAAAGGAUGCUCUACCUCAAAGCGGUCUAGGUGUUUCAGAAGAAGAGAAGAUUAUGAUAGUCAAAGCUAUGGAUUUCCAAAAAAAGGGACAUUGGUACAAAUGUCCGAACGGGCAUAUAUAUGUCAUCACAGAAUGUGGUGGUGCUAUGGAGGUGAGUCGUUGCCCGGAAUGUAACAGUGCUAUCGGGGGAGCGAGCCACCAGCUAAGAGAUGAUAACCAAGUGGCAACAGAAAUGGAUGGGGCCCAAUUCAGCGCUUGGUCUGAACAGGCAAAUAUGGAGAACUAUGACCAAUUCGAAUUAUUUGAUUAAACAGUUUUUAGAUUGACUUACAAAUAGUUUUGAUUCAAAAGGAAACACAGCGUUUUUUGCAUACGGACAGCGAGAAGACUUUCCCUAAUCAUUCUUUGAGAAACAACGAGAUAUAAGUGUGUGUGCUAUAUAUUUUUUAAAAAAGCUAAAUACUUGUGUAAGCAAUUAGAUAUGAAUAACACAUAUUUAAUUAACUUUAAGUAUCAUAUGUUCGAAUGUAUGUCUUCAUAUGGAGCGAGAGUUUCAUAGAAUCACAAUUACAUCAACAUGACACUGACAUUUGCGUCUCUAUCAUAGUACCUAGUGGUUAUAAAUGUUUGUAUUUUGUAGAUCCAUAGGAUAAAGAAUAUGGAUGUUUGCAUGUAAAGUAGUAAUAUAUCAAAUUUACAUAAUUAUGUAAAAGUUUUAAAAAUGCUUAAUUAAAUAAGAUUUCGUUUUAACUCAACUGCACCUGAGCACAAAGCGCUUACAGAUGAGCAAUUCUGAUAAAGGUGUGUCUGUUGUCUGUAGUCCGUCGUUGACCACAAUUUAUUUACACAAUAGAUUCUUAUAAGCAACUUGGUGUAUUUCGACAAAACUGCAUGAGAAUGAAUUUUAGCUGGUCCCUUACAAGAAAUUUUUAUCAAUCUUCAUUUUCAAAAACUACAAUGUCAAGAGCUUAUAAAUCACCAUGUGACCUUCUUUUAAAGUCACUUCAGUGUUGUUAUAUUUUUCUGGUCCUUCGGGAUCAUUGAUUCGAUCACAUUUAAGUGUUGAGAAUUGAGUACCGCUUAAGCAGGUGCUAAGAAACUACAACGCCAACAGUUUAGAUAUUUGACAUGUAGUAUUGCCUAGAUGUCUACAAUAGUAAUGCUACUAUGGUCAAUAAAUGGUCCGCCCUUUAAGUUUCUUACUGAACAUAGACUUGCAUGGUUAACAUGCUUCAAACAUGUAAGUACAAUGCCCAGAGCCGCCUUGGUACUUGUCAUGUACAAUAUCACCUUGUGUUCCUCUACAAAAGUUAUAUUAAUCAUGCCUAUUGGAUAAAAAUUAAAUAAUAUAAACAUUGUAUUAAAAUGAACUACAUGUGAGUAUUCUUUAAUCAAACGACAACGUCAAGAGCUUAGAAAUUUGGAAUGUAGCAUUGCGUAAUAUAUCUUUACAAAAGAUGUUUAAGUCUAGCCCAUGCGAUACAAUUUGUCCCAUUCUUUUGGACACUUAAUUAAAAAUCUUCUUCUCUGACAUUGCAGUGCAAAGAGCUUAGACAUUUGAAAUGUAGCAUCACCAUAUGGUCCCCGAUAAAAGUUAUGUUAUUCAUGCAACUGUUGUUAAAUUGCCCAGCCCUGUAGGCCAAUUACUUAACACAAAUUUGCAUGGCAAACAUGUCUUCGAAAUCAUCUUCUGUGACAGUACUAUAGAUCAUUUCUAUAUCAAUUUCUGCUUGUAAAAAAUUGAUUUUCUAUGUUUGUUAGUUUUGCAGCGUGAGGUUACAUAUAUCGUAUCAUUUUAAUUUCUUUUCUUUUUCAUGUGUCUUCUUUAACACGACAAGAAGAAAAUUAACUUAGACACCAUACUUAUUGCUUCAUCUUGUGAAUAAAAUAAUUGUUCAUAUUAAAAAUAAACUGAUUUUCAAUGUAGUAUAUAAAUGACGGCAAAGAGAUAAUGUUCAACUAUUUAACACUCAGUUUUAUGUUAAUAAGAGCAUUUCAUCGCAAAUAUGAUUAAAUUUUUAUGUUUAUAUAAUAGCUUAUUUCAUUAUGGGGUAGAUACAAACUAUUGAUUCUACUGAAUGCUGAUUUUAUCUUUUCAUUAUUUUUUAUAUAAUUGCAGUUUUUGCUUAGUAUGAAUAUACCCGUAUGAUACACGUAUUGUUUACUUUGAUUAUCAUGUCAAUUAGGCUACAUAACAGCGUGUAUUUCUUGUUUUGUUUAUUAUUCAAUCGGCUAUAUCUCUGUCAACAUUACGAGAAUAAGUGCUUGUUUAUGAAUUAUAUAGCUUGUUUUAAUAAAUAGGUUUAUAAAUUUGCGUUA